GAUUGCUCGCGAUUUUGGGCAAAUCAUUCCAAAAUGUUGCGUGGAGUGGUAAUCAUCUGUUUAGUGGCUUUCGUGGCCAUCGAUGGUUUGCCAAACCAUGAAAGCGACAACGCUCGCUACGAUAGCUCGUUCCAAGCGAACGGGCGGCGGCAUCAGCAGUCUAGAGCUUAUGAUGAGGAGCAUACGAGCAGCCUGGAUGUAGACGAUGGAAGGAUGGUGCAAACCCAGGCUGGGUCCCAAUGGGCGCGGAACAGCGAGGCUGAGAGUGCUUUUGAUGUUAACCAGAGUGUUAAAGAAGAAUUUUCCAACGACGGUGGAGUGCUAAGGCAUAGCAAGUCUAUCUCGGAGUCCCAUGAUGAGAGCCAGAGCUCUCAGGAUUCCAGCAGACAGACCAGUUACUACGCAGCUACCAGCAACGUAGGGGAUGGGCAUCAAGGUCCCAUAAACCAUGGAUACAGGCCCUAUAGUCCAAGCAUUCCUCAACCAGUACCCCCAAUAGUCCGACCACUACCUAUCAGACAACCCAGUCUGACCCAUUUACCCAACCACGUCCAUCACGACACUAACCUACGAAACGCGAACGAAUAUUACCAGGACAACCAUGGCCACGGCCAUUACGGGCAUCCCAGUGAUAGGAAUGGAAACUACGGCCAUAAUGGGUGGUACGUCACUCCAAAUGGGUGGUUCAGACGGUUUAUACCACAAUCUGGAAUCCAUCCUCAUCGUCACUUUGGAUACCAGCCUGGGUAUCAAGGUAUACCCAAUGACCAUUAUAACAAAUUCCAUAAAAUUGGAAACCCUGCUUUAGAUGCUAGAAAUCAUGACAAGACUAAAGUCAAAUAUGUGCCUAACGGACAUCAUGGAAGCCCUGGUCAUACAAAACCAAGUCUUGAUGAAGUGCUAAACGCUUUAGGUUAUAAUCCUAAUAAGGAUAAACAUGAUGCACCUAACAAAAUAAAUCAUGGCAUGGCACCUGAUAUCAAUAAUAAAGAAAACGAUGGAACCAAAGUAAACUUUGUAAACGGCAGCGAUGAAACCAAUACUGCCAAAGACGUACCCGUUGAUAAUCAAGGAAAUAUCCCCGAAAUUAAAACUCCAGAGCAUCCUACAGGUGGUUUAGAUCAUGUUCUUAGUGCUAUAGAUUACGCGCGAGCUCCCAAAAAGCCUAGCAACUAUGAAGCUGAAACUAUACAAUAUGUACCAGCUAUAGUUCCAACUGAAUAUUUGAAUAGACCAGUAAACUACGACGCUAUUGGAAUAGAAGUACCAGAGUCUGGGAUUUUGAUACCAGAGGAAUCUGAGGAGUAUGUCCCAACGUAUCCUGUACGUUACAUCCCAGUCGCUGAAAACAUACCAGAAUACGUGAUUCCUAAUCAAAGAGUAAGAUAUUACGAGAAUCCUGUCCCUUACGUUGGUUCUCCAGUAGUCUUACCUGAAGAAACAGGUUAUACAAAUGAAAGAUUCGCACCAGAUAAUGGCUUUGUUAAACCUUAUACUGGGCAAUUCCAUCCAGAACCGACUUUUGUACCUGAAGUUUCUUAUAGCCCAAUAGACGAUGAUAGUUCUAAAAUAAAGAACCCUGACGUUAAUGAAGAUGGAAAACCUGUUAAUGGUGAUGACAUUAUCAUUGAUAGAAGAUAUAUUACAAAGGAAAGUACUGAAACUUCGCAAGAAACUAACAGAAGAUCUAAACAAAGUUCCACUACCAUCAUAAGGAAGAAUGUUGGUGUCAGACCUUUGGAAGAUGAUGAUAAUGAUGAUUCUGAUGAUGUUAUUGUUAAGACACCUGUUCCUGUCACUAAACCUAGUGAAGGAACCAAUAACAACGACAAGGAACCAAUAACUCCUACACCAAACGAUAAAAUCAAGAAACCAAAAGUACCAAGAAAGAUACCAAUUCAUAAAAACAUCUAUCCACCAAGAAAUGUAAUUCACAAGAAAACUGACACAGUACCAUUCGUGAUUGGUAAAAUUACAGAUGAACCUGACCAACCUGGUGGCGACAAAACUGUUGUGAGAUCAGAACAUGAUGUCAUAAACCAAAAUAGCGACGUACCUUACGUGGUUGAAAGGAAACCAGUAAAUGAUGGGGCAAAACCAAUUCAUAUAGAACCGACCUAUGUCCCAGAAGUUCCUUAUAGUCCAACAGAGGAUAAUAGCCCUGAAAAGAAGAGCCCUACUGUCAUAAACAAGACAUUAAAGAAGAACGCUGAUGUCACACCUUUAGAAGAAGAAAAUGAUGAUGAUAUUCCUGUUAAGAAACCUGUUCCUGUCAGGAAACCUAGUGAAGGACAAAAUAACAAUGAUAAAGAACCAAAAACUCCUACACCAAACGAUAAAAUCAAGAAACCACCAGUAGCAAGAAAGAUACCUAUAUAUCCACCAAGAGACGUAAUUCACAAGAAUACUGAUACAGUACCAUUUGUAAUUGGUAAAAUUACAGAUGAACCUGACCAACCGGGUGCCGACAAAACUGUUGUGAGAUCAGAACAUGACGUUAUAAACCAAAAUAGUGACGUACCUUACGUGGUUGAAAGGAAACCAGGUCAUAAUGAUGCAAAACCUAACACUGCUGAUGGUACGAAUAAACCAAUUCAUAUAGAACCGACGUAUGUCCCAGAAGUUUCUUAUAAUCCAACAGAGGAUAAUAGCCCUGAAAAGAAGAGGCCUACUAUGGUAAAGAAGAUAGGAAAGAAGAACGUUGACGUCACACCUCUAGAUGAUGAUGAUAAUGAUGAUGAUAUUCCUGUUAAGAAACCUGUUCCUGUCAGGAAACCUAGUGAAGGACAAAAUAACAAUGAUAAAGAACCAAAAACUCCUACACCAAACGAUAAAAUUAAGAAACCACCAGUAGCAAGAAAGAUACCAAUUCAAAAACAUAUCUAUCCACCAAGAGACGUAAUUCACAAGAAAGUUGAUGCAACACCAUUUGUUAUUGGUAAAAUUACAGAUGAACCUGACCAACCUGGUGGCGACAAAACUGUUGUGAGAUCAGAACAUGAUGUUAUAAACCAAAAUAGUGACGUACCUUACGUGGUUGAAAGGAAACCAGUAAAUAAUGAUGCUAAACCUAAAACUACUGAUGGUACGAAUAAACCAACUCAUAUAGAACCGACUUAUGUCCCAGAAGUUCCUUACAGUCCAACAGAGGAUAAGAGCCCUGAAAAAAAGAGCGCAAAUAAUGAUGCAAAACCUAAAACUACUGAUGAUACUAAUAAACCAACUGAUACUGAGAAACCUACACCAGUAAAGAAUGCAAAUGUUGAUGAUAAAGGAACUCCUGAAAAUAAGGAAACUUAUACAGUAAGGACACCUUCAGGAGUAAUUCUUCAUGUUCAUGAAAUACCUGUAGAUGAAGAUGCAGCUCCAAAACCUAAACAUAUAAUAGAUGGAAAUAAAGACAACAUAGUAAAAAAGAAACCAUUACCAACAAAGCCAAACAUCUAUCCACCCAAAAAUGAUAAAAUUGUUGACCAAAAUGUUCAUGGAUACAAACCCGACCACGAAAUAAAAGACGCAACAACAGCUAAAGAUGAGAAAGCAAACCCUACUACUGCAAAACCUAUACCACAAAUUGGCAAACCUAUACCAAGAAUGCCUAAAGGACCUGAUGGAUACAUUGUCAAGACCAGACAACCGAAGAAACUUGUUGAUGAUGCGACACCUAUAGAAGAUAUCAACCAAAGACCGAAACCUAAAGAACCCGUCACUCCUACUGCUCCUAUUAAAAAAGAAAAUAACACGCCUAAUACUGCUCCUAAGAAAACCAUUAAAGAAGAUGAAACACCUGACAAAACAGUAAAAAAACCAACACCUAACAACGAUUCUGAUUCUCACAGUCAAGAUAGUAAUGAGGAUGAUGAUUAUUAUAAAAUAAUAAAAUCAUUUAGAACUAUCAAUACUGAGGAAGAAGAAAGCAGCAGUAGUCAUAAUAGCAGAACAGAAACUAGAGUUCAAAGGAUUUUGAGACAUAAGAGUCAUAAACCUGGUGAUAAAGAUGAUUUGAAUGAUGAUGAUGAUACAGUUGAAGGUAGACCAGUCAACCAUGAACAAACUACAAAGAAACCACGCAAGAAAUUCCCUUUCAAAGUUGUUGGAGAAAGCAAUGAUGAUUCUGAGGAUAGCAACAGUGAAGAAGAUUAUUUAGACAAUGAUAAAAAAUCUCCAGCAACAGAGAAACCAGACAAAAAACAACCCAUUAAGCCUGUUACUGAGAACAAUAAAAAUAAUCCAAAGCCAAACGAUAAGAUCACUGAUAAGAAUGCUAUCACAACUGAAAAGAGCGUUGCAUCAACAACCACAAAGAAACCAGAUGUUACAAAAGAACCAUCUGUUAAAAAUAUUGAUAAAAAGCCUAUCAAAGGUAUAAAUACUCCUAAUGAAGAGAAAACUAAAGACACAACUCCUAAACCUGACACUAAAGAAAUAACAGAUGAUAAGAAACCUAAUAUUAUUAGAAGGAAACCGACAGACAAAGAUGUAAAUAAUGAUGAAGAAUUUGUAUCUAGAACUACAGUGACAGAAGAAUCCGAAGAUUCAGUGCUUAACAACAAAAAACACAAUUCUAUAACUGAAACUGAAGAAAUUAUAAAGAGAGGCCAGAAAAAGCCAGUCAAUAAACCAAACAAAGCUAAACCAGACUCUACCAAUAAUAACGAUGAAGGAACACCAGAUACCACAACUGAUAAGGCGCCAAAUGCUAAAAAGACUGAUGGUAAUAACAAGCCCGUUACUAAAAAACCCGCUAAUGAAAAGAAGCCAGACCAAGGAAACAAUGACAUAGACAAGAAACCUAAAAACAAAACCCCUACGGGUGACAAAAAGCCUGAUACUAAAAAACCACAGGAUGAAAAACAAUUAAAUAAACCCGAUGAGAGUAAAACUGAGAAACCAAUCACUACAACUGACGACAAAGCACCUCGAAAUGAACCAACCAAGGAAAACAAACCUGACAAAUCGGGUACAACAGCAAAACCAACUACUAAAGAUAAUAAUACCGAUAAAAAACCAAACGCUACCCCUGACACUGACAAGACAUCAACCACUGGAAAGGACAACAAACCUGAGUCACCAAAGAAAAAGCCAGAAACAGUUGAUACUAAAAACAAAUCGCCAGACACAACUAAACCGAAGGAGAAAGGAGGAAAGACGCCCAUACCAAUCAUAAAAGGAGAUAUGCCAAUUAAAAAAAUGCCUGUCAGACCAGACAUAAUCAGACCACCAGUAACUCCAAUAGAUGAUGAUGAAUCAAGUUCAGUAGAAUGUGAAAGCUGGGAAGAUUGGGAAGACGAGGAUAUCAACAUGGAGAAUGAAAAAGAAACUGUUGAUAAAACGAAGGAACCAGUUACUAAAAAGAAUAGGGAAGAGAAUGCACCAGAUUCCAAAAACGCUAGUCCAAAACCAACAACUGAAAAGAGCGUAGGCAACAAUGAUGGCCCAGAUACUAAAAAUAAUGAGAAAGAAAAUGCCGCACCAGAUUCCAAAAACGCUAGUCCAAAACCAAACAGUAGUACAAUGACUGAAAAGAGCGUAGAAAAGGAUGAUGACUUAAAUAAAAAUAAGAAAACGCCUACAACAGAAUCUAACAAAAUACCAGACACUACAGAAACACCUAAAGAUAAACAACCAGACAAACCUAACAAUGAAAAGCCAGAUACCGGUAAAUCUGAUAAAGACAAGAAACCAAGUACUGCUGAUAGUAAAAAUCCUGAAGUAGGUAAUGAUGAUGCAAGCAAUAAACCAAAGACUGCAACAAAAGCAAACAUUCCAACGGCAACAGCAACUACACCAGCAACAGUAACUACAGAAAAAACAAUAAAUACUGAAAAGCCCAAAACUGGUACAGACUGUGAUUAUUUCGGCAAUGUUGAUUGUGAAGACUAUGAUGACGAUGAGGACAGUAAAACCAAAGUAAAUGCUACUGAAAGUCCUGAAUAUGAUGCUGAUGAUGAAAUUAUUGAAGAUGAUGAUGAUGAUGUAGAUUCAAAUGAAAAUGAUGAUGUUACUGAGGAUUCAGAAGAAACUAUCAGUGAUGAAGAUGUCAGUACUGAAGACGCAGAUCAAGGUGAUGGCAAAAAGCCAAAUGUAGAAGAAAAACCUAAUAGUGAAAAUAAGCCUGAUGAUAAAUCUAGCACUACAACGAUUAAACCAGAUGCUGUAACUACUGAAAAGAAUAAAAAGCCUAGUGAAAGUAGUGAAAAUAAGGAUAAACCAGCUGAAAGCAAGAAACCGGUAGAUGAUAAAAAGACACCAAGUAAUAAUAAUGGUAAACCAACAGCCAGUACUGAGAAACCUACUGGUAAUAAUAAAAUAACUGAAGAUAAAACCAAACCAUCAGAGAAUAACGAAAAACCAAAAAAUAAUGACGAUACACCAGCUGACAAUGGCAAGAAACCGACUAAAGAUAACGAAAAACCUAGUAAAAAUGAUAAAAACCCAUCUGAUAAGAACACCAAACCAGCUGAUAGUACUGAGAAACCAACUGGAGACAAGAAACCUGCAGAAGAUAAGAAGAACCCAUCUGAAAAUGACGACAAACCGAGCGACAGUGAUCAAAAGCCAACUGACAGUACAGAGAAGUCUAAUGGAAAUAAGAAGCCAACUGAAGAUGACAACAAACCUAAUGAAAACACUAAAAAACCAAAUGAGAAUAAUGACAAACCAGCUGAUAGUACCGAGAAACCUGGAAACCAAAAACCUGUUGAUAAUAGCAAAAAACCUUCUGAAGAUAAUCAGAAACCUAAUGAAAACAUUAAAAAACCAAAUGAGAAUAGUGACAAACCAGCUGAUAGUACCGAGAAACCUGGUAACCAAAAACCUGUUGAUAACAGCAAAAAACCUUCUGAAGACAAUGAGAAACCAAACGAAAAUACUAAAAAACCAAAUGAGAAUAGUGACAAACCAGCUGAUAGUACCGAGAAACCUACUGGAAACCAAAAACCUGUUGAUAAUAGCAAAAAGCCAUUAGAAGAUAAUCGAAAUAAAAACAAACCAACGGACAGUACUGAUAAGCAAAAGCCAUUAGAAGAUAAUAAAAAACCAAAUCAAAAUACUGACAAAACUGAAAAACCUAAAAUUGAUAACACUAAAGAACCAUCUACAGAAGUACCUGAUGAUGGAAGUAAAGAGGACAAAGCUUCACCAGAAGACAUAGAUUCUGAUGAAAUUGAUGAAGAAUCUUCAGAAGAAGAUGCUAUUGAGACGGACUCUGAAAAUGUGGAAACGACCACUGAAAAGAAACCAGAUAAUGGUCAGAAAACAGACAAACCAAAACCAGAAUCUAAAACCAAUGAUUGUGAUUACUUCGGUGAUGUAGACUGUGAAGAUUAUAAUGACGAUGACAUUGAUAAUGUCACUGACAAACAAGAUGAUACGACAAAACCAAACGAAACUAAGAAAAAACCAGAACCUAACAACACUGACAAUGAUGCCAAUAAACCAACGAUAAAACCAAAUGAACCAGAACCUAACAACAAUGACAAAGAUGCCAACAAACCUGUCAAUCAGCAACCCGGUUCAAAAAAACCUAGUGGAAAUCAAAACCCAGACACUAGUAAUGAAGGCAAAGAUAGAACUGACAUUAAUGAGAAACCAAACACAACCCCUGACAAUAAACCAACCACUCAAAAACCAAAAUCCAUAUUCGUUAACUGUCAACACUUUGGUUCUGUAGAUUGUGAGGACAAUACGGAUGAUGAUCAGCAUAACCCUGAUAAUGCUGAAGACAAAAAGCCAGAUAACAAUACAGGUACUGAAAAACCGAAGUCAGACAAGAAACCGGACACAGAAGUUGAUAAGAAAAAGCCGGAAAGUGAAAAACCAGGUAUCUUUAACCCUGGAUUCUACACUAAAGAUAAUGUUGGCACAAACAAAGACAUUGAUGAUAAAACCAAAAGUGUUAAAAAACCAGAUGAAAACAAAGAACCAGACACUAAAAAGCCAAAAGCAGAUACUGGUAAAAGCAACGAUAAAAAACCUGAAGCUCUUGAUAAAGAUGCUAAAGGUACAGACAAACCAGAUGCAAAACCAAAUACUGAAACCGAGAAAAGUCCAAAACCUAAAAGUAACGACGACAAUAAAAAGGGUAGCACUGAAAAACCAGACAAGGGUACUGAGAAGAAACCAGUUAAUGAAAAUCCUGACCAGAAACCAGAUACAAAAACUCCUGAAAAAGAUGGAAAUAAAGAUAAUAAACCAAACACGGAAGAUGGUGGUAAGGACAAACCAGAGAAUAAAGAAAAGAAACCAGUGGAACAAAAUCCCAAUGGAGAUGAGACUACUGAUGAAAACAAACCCAAACCUAAAGAAAAUGAUAAAAAACCAAUCAAUCAAAACACUGGCAAAAUACCAGACACCCAGCCCAAAAACGAUGAUAAGAAGCCGGUUCCUAAUACUACACCAAUUGAUGAGAAACCUACCGACACAAACACUGACAAGAAACCUGAAUCUGAAAAUACUGACAAGAAACCUGACACUGAAAAUACUGACAAGAAACCUGACACUGAAAAUACUGACAAAAAACCUAAAGAAAAUAAAACUGACAACACCAAACCUACUCCUAAGGACAAAACGCCAGACUCCAAAACCACUGGCAAUGACAAGAAACCAGACAAUGAAAAUCCUAAGAAAGAUAAUGGCGACACUAACAAAAAGCCAACUGAAACACCUAAAAACAGUAAUGAAACACCAGAUACUGGUAAACCAGACAGCAAACCUACUAAAACUGAUAAAACCCCAGUGACUAAGAAGCCAGACUCUAAAACCACUGACAAAGAUGCUAACAAUAAACCUACUACUAACAAUGACAAACCAGUCACCAAAACUACAACCCCAGACCAACCCAAAGACGCAAAAACCCCUGACAAUGACAAGAAUAAAAAACCAAAAGACAUUAAAACUAAAGACAAUGAAAAACCAUCUACUGAUGGUAAAAAACCUAUAGUAGAUAACAAAGAUGAUACCGACACAACUGAAGCAGGAAAAGACAAAGUUUUAGAUACAAAUAACAAAUCUCAAGAGAAAGAAGUAACAAUCAAACGCAAAGUAGUCAACAGCAUGGAUGAAGUCUUAAAAUAUAAAGACCGUGAAGGCUUCACAUUUAAAGCUUGCGAUGAAACUGAGACCAGCGAAGAAUCUUCAUCAACCAAACAGAACAAACAAGUCAAACUAACUAAAUUCAUUAGAACCAAAAAGCAUUUGCACAAAAGACCAAAAACAGAAGACGAAAGACCAGUAAAAGACAAAAGACCGACAAAAAUACCUAUAUAUAGACGAAACAACGGAAAUAGUGACAAAAUUCAGCAAAUAUGGUUGACAGAAGGUGACAGGAUUAUAUUGAGAAGAAGCGUCGAAGAUAUACAAGAGAAGGAACUAGGAUGUCUCGAAAAACUCUUUGAAUCUGAUGGCACUGUACCUUUGGAUGAUGAAAUAGUAUCUGAUGCUGAUGAUGAUGAUGAUGGUAAGGAAGUAAGUGUGGAUAGAGAGGAUACAGUAGACAGAGCUCCUUUAGAAGAUAUACCUGAUGAUGACGAUUCAGAUGGAAUCGUGCCUUUGGAAGAAGAUCUGUCUUCUAAUGACGAUGAAGAAGGUGAUGGUUCUAAGUCUAAUUCAGAAGGUAAAGAGGAAAAGUCUUCUGAUUCUGGAUCAAGAAAAGCUUCUCGUACGACUCCUGUAAAACAGAGUAUUGCGCAAAGAAAAUUAAUGGUUUCUAGGCAGUAAUAGAAUAUAAGAUAUAAGGUGUUCUAAAAGUAUCUGCCACGGCUUUAAUGGGAGGUAGUGUUGUGUUUGAAGAUUACAAUACCUGCCGUUAAAGCCGUGGCAGAUACGUUUAGAACUAUUUGAAGAGAACUUACUCACGUAGCUUUUUGAAGAGGUAACUCGACUAAUUUGUCUCGCUCAGUGGUUGUCGUGAAUGUUAUUUACGAACAUGGGCCCUAGCAUGGUUUGAAACUAGACGAGAUGCCUCGUUGAGCACUCGCGUGAG